AUUCUGUCUCAAAAAUGACAAAAUCAAGCAAAGCAAGAGAAAGAACUGAUAUAUCAGAAGAAGAAGAUUUGGAGUUAGAAAGACAGCUUAGUGUUCUCAAUAAGCCUCCUAUCAAGACCUUUAUGACUGAAGAAGGUGAUAUCCUUGAUUGUAUCGAUAUCUACAAGCAACCUGCUUUUGAUCAUCCUUUACUCAAAAAUCAUAAAAUCCAGAUGAGACAUAGUUUCUUUCCAAGACAAGUGGCAAACAAAACUUCAUCAUCGGGGGCCAAAGAAUUGCACAUCAAAUUGAAGGGUAAAAAAUGCCCCAUGGGAACAGUACCUAUUCGGAGGACUUCAAAAGAAGAUCUAAUAAGGGCUAAAUCUAUCUCAAGGAAAUUCCCCACCAGCUUCGGUCUACCAACUCCUUCCUUUGCUAGACAAUAUAGAGUAAGCAUCAAAAUUGACCAUGAUAGACCACUACAUGGAGUUUCAGCAAAUAUCAAUGUAUACAAUCCACCCGUAAAAGGUGGUCAAUUUAGUUCUGCGCAGCUUUGGGUUCAAAAUGGUCCUUAUGAUUAUAUCAACAACAUACAAGCAGGAUGGAUGGUAAAUCCAUACUUGUACAAUGACAAUCACACUCGAUUUUUCACAUUCUGGACUGAUAGCAACACAGGGAACUGGUUUCUGAGUGUUACAGAUGAUAACAUAGUUGUGGGUUAUUGGCCAGGAGGCAUAUUCCCAAAUUUAGGGAAGGGAGCCAGUUCUGUUCUUUGGGGAGGACUUGCACAAGCCUCAACUGAUGGUAUCAGUCCUCCAAUGGGGAGUGGUCACUUCCCAUAUGAUAAGGACUUUCGCCAUUCAAGUUUCUUUAAAAACAUGAAAUAUAUGGAUCCAUUUUCUUCUUGGACUGAUCCUGGUUGGCCCGGUCAAACAGAGUUCACCGACAACAAAAAUUGCUAUGACCUCAAGAAUGAUAAGUACAAGGAUAAGGAGUGGGGCAAUACUUUCAGAUUUGGUGGACCCGGUGGAAAGUGUGGGUAGCUUCUUCCUUGAAUCUUCUAGCUGGGA